AUGUAUCCCUAUUCGCAGUCGCAGCAACCGCCGUACCACCAUCCGCAUAAACAGCAAUCACAACCUCCACCUCAUUUUAACCACACACAUCAUCCUCCCUCUCUGCCCCACCCUUCCCAACAGCAGCAUAACCAGCCAUACGCGCAGCAAACAACAUCGUCUACACACCUGCACAGUCGGCCUGCCAUGCAGCAACAUCAUCAUUCUCAGCAUCAAAUCCAGUCGUCCGCGUUCAACGGCGCCUUGCCUCCAAGGCCCACCCGCAGCUCCGCCAUCCCCAUCGUAGCCCCUGCCUCCACUCCGGCUCCUCCAGCUGCACCCUCAAAGUCCGCGAUCUCCUACGGUGCUGCAACUGCUGUCGGUACACCGCCACAGUCAGAAACACCAAAGUCUCCCAUCGCCUCCAAUGCCAACGCAUCAGCGCGCAAACCGUGUCGCAACGUAGCCAUCUAUGGCAACUGCAAGUAUCAGAAUGACGGUUGCCCCUUCGAUCACGCCUCUGCUUCCACUUCGUCCUCUGCCGUACAGCAGCUCAAGUCUCCCGCUUCUCAAAAUGCUUCCGCACUAUCAGCCGCCUCGCCUGCCAAUUCGCCCAACAAGACCAGAGGCGCCCUCAAUCCUCCCUCAAGUCCACUCAAGGGCUCCCUCAGCGCUCGCAACGUCGCAGCCGCCGUCUUUGUGCCCAAGGUCAAUGGAAGCUCCUCGCCCUCGCUCUCUGUCGCCUCACCUGCCCCAGCUUCCAGAUCCACUCUCGAUGCCGUCACCUCCGAGCUUAGCGACCUGAGAGUCGAUUCGUCCACCACCAACCAAGUGUCUCCCAGUGCAUACACCCACAACGGCCCCUCCACACCCAACAUGUACACCUCCAGCUACGACGUUGACCCCCUCAGUAGCUCUUUUGAUCCUACCCAUCCAAGCAGCACGGCUGCACACGAUCAGCAGAUCGCCACGGCUACUCCUUCGGCACAUGCCUCGCGUCCCUACAACCCCUACGAGCACAUGAACGAGUUUGGCGACCCAUCUCCAGGACAAGGCCCGCCCGGUAUCGGUCUUAGCGCUGGUAUCGACUACUACUCGGCUGCCGCAAACGGUGCCGCUAAGAUCCGUCAGCCGCUCCACUACCACCUCUACGCACCGCCGUUGCCGCACGUCUCCAACUUGCAUCCCCAUCACCUCACCGCCAACGCUUUCUUCCUCCACCCCAAUCAACGCGAGGAGCUGCAGCGCAAGCAAGAGGCGAUGCUUGCCAGCGUCCCUCCUCCCGAGCUUGGCGGUCCCAACCUACCCGAAGAGCUGCACGUCUAUCACUCGCUAGUGCCACUCGAGCAUCCUGGUCCCGGCGCUCCUUCCACCAUGGGCAUGCCUCCCGGACUUAUCGACCCCCGCAUGGGCAAUCCUGGUUCCAACGGUGCCACGGGCGCCUCGGGCGAUCACAGCAAAGUGUUCGGAUAUCGAAGCCACUCGUACAAGGCCACUUGCACGCUUGAUGGCAAGCGAUACGUGCUGCGCAGGCUUGAGAGCUUUCGACUGCAACACGAGGCUGCCAUCGCUCUGGUCGAACGCUGGCGUCGCAUUCGCCAUCCUAGCAUCGUCAGCGUUCGCGAAGCUUUCACUACACGCGCUUUCGGCGAUCAGUCGAUUGUCUUUGUCUACGACUACCAUCCCUUGGCCACUACGCUCUACGCAGAGCACAUGACCAUCAAGGCAGCUCAACCCGAUCGUCGCACCGGUCGAUUGCAGCCCGUUUCCAUGCAGGUACCCGAACGCACCUUGUGGAGCUACCUCUGCCAGUUGACCUCGGCACUCCGUUCCAUCCACUCGAGCAAUCUCGCCGCGCGGUGCAUCGAAGCCAGCAAGGUUCUGCGCACGGGCAAGAAUCGUGUCCGUAUCAACUGCUGCUCCGUCUUUGACGUGAUUGCCUACAAUCCUGACGAAACUGGCUCGGACGCGCUCAAGGCUCAGCAGCAAGAGGAUAUGGUCAACCUCGGUGCGCUCAUCGUCAGCAUUGGCCUCAACAGCAUCUCUGCGACCAACGACAUUGCUUCCAGUUUAGCCACCUUUGCUGGUCGCUACUCUGCUGAGCUCAAGAAUGUUGUCGCAUGGCUGGUGGCGCAGACGCCUGCUCCUUACGAGUCUGUCGGCGGCGACGAUGUGGUCGAGGUCGCUCGCAACGUCACCGAGCUGAUCAAGGUGCUCGGCAGCCACUGCGCCGACGAGAUGGAUUCAGCGCUCAACUACACCGACUUGAUGGAAAAUUCAUUGAUGAAGGAGCUCGAAAACGGUCGGCUGGUGCGCUUGUUGUGCAAAUUUGGCUUUAUCAACGAGCGCCCCGAGUUUGACCACGAUCCGCGUUGGGCAGAGACCGGUGAUCGUUACGUGAUCAAACUGUUCCGCGACCACGUCUUCCACUCAGUCGACGAAGCCGGUCGUCCCGUGGUGGAUCUGAGUCACAUCUUGACCAACCUCAACAAGCUCGACGCCGGCACCGACGAAAAGAUUAUGCUCACCUCGCGCGAUGAACAAAGCUGCCUAGUGGUAAGCUACCGAGAGAUCAAGAACUGCAUCGAGAGUGCUUUCCAGGAUCUGUCACGAACACGCUAG